AUCAUCUCUGUUUGUAUCUAAAUUAAGUGCAACAUUUGGUACAGCAUGUGCAAUAUUAAGUGUAACAUUUGAUAUAACGGAAGGAAUUUUGAGUUGUGAAGUUGGUGUAUUAAUAGUGAGUUUAGAAGUUGAAUAG